AUGUCCGAGCAAGUGCUAGCCUCCCUCGCCAAGCAACAAGACGAUCUGUGGAGACUGUUCACUACGAACCAGAACGAAAUGAUCGUGACGAAAGGAGGACGGAAGAUGUUCCCUAAACUCGAAUACACCGUGAAGGGUCUAGUGUCGGAGAAGCUCUACGCAAUGAUGCUGCACAUCGAGCCGGCCGACGACAGCAGAUACAAGUUCAGCUCGGGCAAGUGGGAGAAGUCGGGCAAAGCGGAGAAGCACGUGGAGCCGAAGAAAGUGUGGCACGCGGACGGAGUGAUGACCGGGAAGCAGUGGAUGUCCAGCCAGAUUUGCUUCGAGAGGGUCAAGAUCACGAACAACGUGGAGAAGAACAGCGCCUCACAUGUAAGCCAUUCAUUCGUUCCCUACUGAAUUGCUCACCCGUUCUCUUUCAGAUCUUCCUUAAUUCGAUGCACAAGUACAUUCCGGUCCUUUCGAUCUACGAAUCUCCCUCCGAGAGCCCGUUCAAUCCGCAGGUCUCCACUCGUCUCGUGUGCAGUGUCAAACUCCCGUACACCGAAUUCAUCGCGGUCACAGCCUACCAGGUGAGAUCAUCUCAGCUCAAGAGAUCAGAUAAUAUUGACCGCAUUAGCACGUGUAUUACCACGUGUCUUUUGUUUUCAAACGCUAUUUUCCCGUUGUCCCUCUGCUGCCAACUCACACCUUUUGCAGAACGAGGCCGUCAUCAAGCUCAAGAUCCAAUACAACCCGUUCGCGAAGGGAUUCCGCGAGGGAAGUCAGGGAGAUCGGAAGAGAACGUCGCCGUCGGCGGACGACUCCACUCCAGAAGAAGGAUGUUCACAGGUGUCUUCCCCUCAACCAAAAAGACGCAUGUCUUCCGCUUCUCCUCCAAUCGUUCCCCGCUUCCAACCGACAAUGUUCCCUCAAGCGAACAUGUUCUCCACUUUCAACCCACUUUUGUACAGCCCAUUCCUGUCCCAGCUGGCCACUGCGAACCUGGCUUCAUCUCCGUUUUCGUUCCCUCUGGGAUUCCCUUGCUUCCCACUUCCUUUCCAAAAUCAAGUUCUCAAUAUGAGUACUCAAGAAUUGAAAGAGCCAAAAAAAGAAGUUGAGCCAGAGAUUGACGUCGUCUGA